AUGAGAAGCAAAUCCAUCUUAGCUGGUGCCGUUAAUGUUCCAAUUGAACCAACAUCAAAUGUUGACUCACGAACGACAAACAAUAUUGUCAUAAAGAACUAUAGUUCAGAGUGUUUGAAAGAAAAAGAACCAGAGCUGAAAUCCGUGAAUUUAAACUCAGCUUCAAACGCUAACGCUACAUCAGAUGUUAAGUUAGAGUAUCCACCACUGGACCAAAUUCUUUCAAGAGAAGCCAACGACAACCCUUACACAAAUGUUCAAACAAAUCCUUCAGAUAACGUAGACCAUUA